GAGAGAGCAAGCAAGGACAGAGGAGAGAAAACAGACAGAAGGCAUCACUUUGACGGAUUCUAUCUUCCAUCUGCAGAUAACCACACCCGAGUUGUACUUUGCCUUUAAUUCCGUUUCUGGACCCCUCUUUUCCAGUCAGCCAGCUGGAAGAGACAAAGCCCCGAGCCCUGAGCGGCAGGGCUCUGGUCGGGGGCUGGCUGGCUGGAAAUUGACGUGGCAUGGAAAUUUUCCGCUAAGUUGGAGCAGUUUGCGAGCUCCUCGGAGAUCGAGCUCAGCGCCCCGGACCUGGAGCUAAACCCUGGGCUCAGUGACUCUACAGAAGAAUGGAUACAGUCCCCCGCUCCUCGCCUUGGACCCGCCGUUUUUUCUGGCUAUCUAUCAUUUCGCUGAAAAUCAAACCAAGCAGUUAAGUCGGGAACUUGGUUUUCGCAGCUUGAACCAGAAAAUUGGCUGCUCCGGUUCCCCUGGCUCUUUCCGCAAUCUAACCCCUUGCUAACUUUGCCAUGGGGUGCGGACUUAGGAAGCUGGAAGACCCUGAUGAUAACAGCCCGGGGAAAAUAUUUUCUACCCUGAAGAGACCGCAAGUAGAAACAAAGACAGAAUUUGCCUAUGAAUAUGCCCUGCUGGACUUGACUUUCCAAGCUUCAACAAACCCAGAAGUCAUUAAGAUAAAUUCGGUUCUGGACAUCGUUGCCAAAGUGGAAGACUACUAUCUGAAGGGCUACGUCGUUGGGGCCAUUCAUCCAGUUUUACAACCUGUGGGGCAUCGGAAACACCUGCCAGCAAGUCACCUGUACAGAGUGGUGCUGUCUCGCCUGAAAGCAAGCCCCAAGCACCCAGCAGCCCCAGGUGGACAAAGGCACGCAAGACUCGUGAUAGAAGAGUGUCCUCUACCUUACGAGACGGAGACGAACAACGCAGCGAAGGAACUCGUAGAGAAGAUUAAUGCUGCCGCCAAGAGAGGAAAGAGGUUUGUUGGGUUUGUAUCACAGUACGACUCGCCGUCCCCACACUGCAACGGAACCAGCCAUGAUGGAGACGCAGAAUCGGGGCUACCCGGGAGACACGGUUCCCGUGACAACUGCAAAAGCUGGAAUGAAGGAGACGCCGCCGGCGGACAGUUGUCUGAGAGCGGCGUGGAGGAGGAACCGCAGGGGACAGAAGGAAACAGCAAUCCCGGCUGCUCUAGACCAGAGCUGGGAGGAGAUCAUAGGCUCUACAUGGUCUUCAACGCCUUUGACGAGGAGUCAGCCUGCUGGAGCUACCGAGAGGGUGUCCUGUCCAUGAAAGUGACACGGAAAGGGGCCGUCAUCAACACCCUCGACGCCAACUGGCUCGACUUAACCACGUUCUAUUAUAAACAAGGCUUGUCUUUAGUUGACGCUUUUGUAUCCUGGGAGACACCUAAAGGGGACCCUUCGCCUAAAUCUCUGGAAGGAUUUUUUAUCUAUGAAGACGAAGGUCCUGGAAUUCCAGUUUCUAACAGGAAAGGAAAUGACGCCAUUGUGGUGGAGCAGUGGACAGUCAUCGAGGGCUGUGAAAUCAAAACAGACUACGGCCCUCUGCUGCACACCCUGGCUGAAUUCGGCUGGCUUCUGACCAGUGUGCUGCCUACACCCAUACUGAGACACGACAGGGAACUGGGAAAGAAAGGGAGUUUUAGGCAGGGGAGCACACGGAGCAGAGGCGCAGGGUACAUGUUCCAAGCCCGCCUUGACGGUCUCUUUCCUCCUCCUCAGAGGAAAGCCAGCCGCCUGCUGAAGGGCGAAGACAGGAACAAGGUCGGCAGCAGGAGCAUCGGCCUGGACACCGGCGCCUCCCACCCGACGGAAGGCCGAGCCCCUCUUGACGGGGGCCCCCUCUCUCCUUCCAGAGAGUGUUGGACCAAGGAGGAGCGGCCGGCACAGAGCGACAGUUUCUUGGGGUUCAGCAGCAGCGACAGCGUCCUCCGGGAACUGGAUGACGGACAGUUUGAGCAGGAAGAGGGCGUGACGCAGGUCACUUGCAUGUGAGCGGCCAAGAGAAGCUGUCGAGGGCCUUGUAAGUGGUUAUUAAAUGUCUGCCCGCUGACCUGAUCUCACUACUACUAUACAUUUAUGUAACGUUCUUCACUUCCGGGCUCGGGCUUCCCCCUGUCUGUGUAAACUUUGUCUCAAUCUCUCAGACAAGGAAGAAUAACCAACUAUUUAUCAGUUGAAAACCAUGCUUACAUUUCUCUCAACUAAAACAUCAAUGUAAAUAGAUGUCCCAGCUGGUCUUUAAGAGCCUGGCUCGUGAACGGACAAAGCCGAGCUCCUCAUCACGCCUGUUAAAGAGACUGACUAUCCAAACUAGCUCUUCAACCAAUUAGAGCCUUCUCAGGAAGCCGCAGCCUUGCUGAAUCUCAAAAAUACUCUCUACCCUAUCUCACAGACACAGACUAUCUAUCCCCCGCCUGUAACAAUCAGUCUAAUUUUUGUUUCUGACUGGGGCAUGCACCUACAAAUCAAACCCCUAUUUUUCAUAAUAAUUUCCAAAAACUAUUUCCUAAUUUUUUGUUUGUUGUUUUGGGUUUUUUUGUUGUUGUUGUUGUUUUUGUUUU